ACUGCUAGGAAACACCAACACUACGCAAAAUUCAAGAAUUCUUGAAAUUUAAAACUGUUUUCUUUGCGUUUAUCAUAUAAAAACAGAACUGCGUACGGGGAUACAUAUAAUUAGAUAAGGCAUGUCAGCAUUUGAAGAAAUGGGCGUCAUGCCCGAAAUUGCCAAAGCAGUCGAGGACAUGGGUUGGAAUCUGCCGACCGAUGUCCAAGCAGAAGCCAUUCCUCUGAUUCUGGGCGGCGGCGACGUCCUGAUGGCCGCUGAGACAGGAAGCGGAAAAACGGGAGCUUUCUGCCUGCCUGUCGCCCAAAUCGUUUGGGAAACGCUGAGAGACGAGCUAGAACCCAAGAAACGAGGCCAGGUGAACAGUGCGGCCGUUCGGCGAUGGGUUUUCAGCUCCAAAGACAGAUCGGCAGAUCUGGCAGUGACGCCUGACGGCCUUAGGUGCCAGUCGCGGGACUUGAAGGUGUGGAACGGAGCCAGGGCCACCACCGGAGUGUUCGGCAAGGGGAAAUUUUACUUUGAGGCUUACGUCAUGGACGAAGGACUGUGCCGAGUUGGAUGGGCCACCGACGCCGCCUCGUAUGACUUGGGGACGGACGCUUAUGGAUUUGGCUUUGGUGGCACUGGCAGAAAGUCCAACUGCAGACAAUUCGACCCGUUCGGCUCGGCUUUUGGCAAGAGCGACGUGAUUGGCUGCUGGCUCGACUUAGACAACCAAACAAUCGGCUUCAGCAAAAACGAGACUGACUACGGCACCGCGUUUGCAAUUCCGAGGUCCUUGCAAAGGUCUACAUUCUUUCCGGCCGUCGUGCUCAAGAAUGCGGAUAUGAGCUUCAACUUGGGAGCGACUCCCUUCAGGUUCCCUAAGAGUGGCUUCCAGCCUAUUUGCCAAGCCACUAACACCAUGGAUAAUCCGCACGAAAAUGCUGUUGUCGCGCUGAAUAAGAGGGAAAACCAUGAGCCGUUGGCGCUAGUCCUUGAGCCAUCACGAGAGUUAGCAGAGCAAACCAAUAGACAGAUUCAACUUUUUACAAAGAAGCUGCAAUCGCCAAGCAUUUCCACUGUGCUGGUUACCGGAGGGAGCGCGCCCCAGAAACAGUAUGAUCAAAUUAGUAAAGGGGUGGACAUUUUAGUGGCGACGCCCGGUCGGCUGGAGGAUUUCAUCAUGAGCAACCAAGUGAGUCUGAAGCACUGCCGCUUUUUCGUGUUGGACGAGGCGGACGCGCUGCUGAAGCAGGGCCAGGCGCGCACGCUGGAAAAAAUGCACUCGCAAAUCCCAAAAAUGACGUCGGACGGGCGGCGGCUGCAGAUGAUCGUGUGCUCGGCCACCCUGCACGACUUUGAGGUGAAGAAGCUGGCCGACCGUUUGAUGCACUUCCCCAUCUGGGUCGACCUGAAGGGCGAGGACUCGGUUCCCGACACCGUCCACCACAUUGUAGUCCCAGUCGACCCCAAAGCAGACCUCACCUGGAAGAGCUGCCAAAAUCGAAUCAAAACUGAUGGCGUCCACCAGCAGAGAAGUUUGGGAAAUGUUGAAGAUGAACAGUGGUCCGAGAGCGUGAAGCUGCUGAAAGUUUUGUUCUGCGUAAACGCAAUCGAGCGGCUCAAGAUGGACCGAGCGCUGAUUUUCUGCCGGACGAAGCUGGACUGCGAUAAUCUCGAGAUAUACCUGAAAACGCUAAGCAAAAGUGCGGCUAAGGACGAUUUAGCGAAGGCGCCACCCUAUUCUUGCGUUUGUCUGCACUCGGACAGAGGUGCAGCUGAGAGAAACGCCAACCUGGAGUGUUUCAAGCAGGAAAAGGUUCGCUUUUUGAUCUGCACUGACGUCGCGUGCCGCGGAAUCGACAUCAAGGGCCUUCCCUUCAUCAUUAACAUGACACUGCCUGACGACAAGACGAACUACGUGCACCGCAUCGGCAGGGUCGGUCGAGCUGAGCGAAUGGGUCUUGCAAUCUCGCUGGUCAGCACGUGCCAGGAAAAGGUUUGGUACCACGGCCAGUGGUGCAAGAGCCACGGCAAGAAUUGCUUCGACACCAACAAGUGUUGCAUUUGGCAGAACGAAAUGCAGUACUUGUCCGACAUUGAAGAUCACCUGAAAGUGACAAUAACGCAAGUUGGCCCAGAAAUGAACGUGCCACAAGACGAGUUUGACGGAAAAGUCACGUACGGAGAUAAAAAAGUGAACCAAGGAUCUGGAUACAAAGAUCACGUGGAAUUGAUGGCACCAGCCGUGCGUGAACUCGCCCUACUGGAGAGGCAAGCGCAAAUUUUGUUCCUCAACAACCACAAAGUCAAGUGUGGGUAAAUGUUUUUGUUGUUCGAAAGGAAGGACAGUGUGAUUGGCUUUACUAAUUUACAUUAAAUUUAAGUUUGUUAGAUGAAAA